AUUCAAAAAUCAGGAAAAAAGAGCUCAAAUGGGUAGGCUGAAAGCGGGUCAGAGUAUGUAUAAGCCGCAACCACUCCCACAAGCCGUGAGAGUCAAACCCAAUACCAAAACCAAAACCAAAUCCCCUCCCUCUCGUACGAGAACAAGAAAAUCAAAAUUAAAUCUAUACAAGAGAAAGAAACAGAAACAGGAAGACGAAGACGAAGACGAAGAGGAGACUAACGGUAAUAACAACAACAACAACAGCAACGAUGACGACCUUGUUACAGUGGCAGUGGUGCCGGCCACCGGUGACGUGUCCGGAGAAGUUCCGGGCCCACUCUCACUACUCCGGAAGUUUCCAAACAAUUCCUCUGCCAACAGCAAUAAUCUCAACCAACUCGCUCCGGCGACGCGUGAACUCUACGCGAAGACGGCGGAGUCUAUGAAGAAGCUGUUGGUUUCGGAGCUUUCGCCGUGGUCUGGGGACGUGGAAACGAUGGUGGCAUCGGCGAACAGGGCUUUCGAAACCUUGGAUUGGCUUCAACCAGAUUACACUGAGUUCUACGACGCCGUUAGGGCUGUCCUCUCUCGCCGCGCUCAGCUCUCAUAUUUCGAGACCGAGCUCCGAACCCACCAAAACGAAGAAUCCGGCGCCGUUUCGUCUUUUCAAGCUCGGUUGAAAGAAGCGGUGGAAGCGGUGGCUAGAUCCGAAGCCGAGUAUUGGAAAGCCAUAGAGCGGGUUAGUGGUCUGAAGAGUCGGGUUUCGGAAAUCCGAAAAGCGCUGAAAAAUCUCGAGCUUGAAUCUGCGUGGGGAGAAGAGGUGGUGCUUGCUGAUCGGAAAAGAGAAUGGGAACAAUGCCUUGAGUCUCACUUGGCUAUUAAGAAGGAAGAGAGAGAGUUAGCUGAGCAAAUGGAGGAGAAGCAAAAGACCAUCGAAAAGAUCAAGCGGCUUCGCGAUGAGGCCGAGGCUGGUGUUCAAGGCUCUAUAAAGGCUUUGUCUUCUCUCUGCUAAAACAAUAGUCCUCUGGUGCAUUUGUUCGAUCAGUACUUAGAUUUCAAAGACCCAAAACUUCCUGAGGACACUUAAGGGGUAUUCGCACGAUUAGAAGAGGAAGUAUCAAUGGGUGCAGGGUGGGUUUGGCCAUCCCUAGUUGUGAGUAGCAACUAGCAACAUGCUAUAGAUGUGAUCUCAGAAAUUUUGAACAAUGUGGAACAGUUUCUAGAAGUUGACAUUUGGAUUUACACCUAUUCAUCGGCAGUGUACUUUGUGCUUUUUCACAGGCUGGUGGUGAUCGAUGACAACUUGGCUUUAGCAGCUACUACCAUGUUUUUGGUUGCUUUUUUGAUAGAGAGAAGACAGCUUUUGAUAAUAUCUAUUUUCUACUUUCUUUGUAUAUAACUCAAAUAACUUGGAUAGUAUAGAGGCUUCUCUUUCUCAGGCUUGUACUGGGAGAUGUGCAUAAUGACAAUAUUUUGUAACCCUCUCUUUUGUUAAUGCAAUUUCUGACUGUUAGUUUCU